GUGUCUUUCCUCCCUCUGACAAACUCCACAUGCUCCUUGCUAGAGGUCCAACCCACAGACCCACCCACGUUGUACUGUCUUCACAUUACAAAUGCUAGGAAAUGACCUUAGCAGAUCUGAGUCAUCUGACCCACCUUUUCUUUACAUACACACAUAUCCCUCUCACCAUCAUUCUCCUUCCUCCAAUUAUUUAUCAUAUUUUUAUUACAACAAUUAACGACGCAUUCUUUAACACAUACAUUUUGGAUAUUAUAUGAUCGACUUUAAAGUGCAGUUGAUUGAAAAUCGUUACAUUAAAGGCGAAAACAUUUGUUUUUCUUAAUUUAAACGUAAUGAGAAAUAUGUGGCAAACAGAUUACAUGAUGUGCAGUUACAAUAUCAAUCGUCCGAUUUAAAUGAAUAGUCAAAACAUUUUAACAUAUAUGUAUUAUAACUGUCUGAUAUAAAAUUAGUGAACAAAAUUGAUUAUUGCGUAUUAUUGCGUUAUUUCUUAACUGCAGCAAAUCCUGAUCCAAAAAUGUGUUAGUGUCAAUUUACUAUUUUAAUAAUUGUAUGAUUUGUAUCCCUUUCUCACAUGUUGACACCCUAAAUUCCACCCUUCUAGCUAACCUUUCAAUCUCUCUUACGUAAUCUAAUUAAAAAAGUUGGCACUAAAUCACAUAAUCUAUUCUUUAUAAGCUUAAUUCAACACUUACCUAGUUGCCUAAGUUUCCUUUCAUCAUAUCAUAUCAUAUCAUACCAUAUAAUAAAUACACUUUAGCCUCAACAAUAUCUCUCUCUCUCUCUCACUCUGCUAUACAAUACAACAACAGAUAAUAUAAAAACAUCUCUUCUUGGGUCUAACAAAUCUCUCUGUAGUUACUGCUCUAACAUAAUAUCACUUUGGAAUUGCUUCAUUUUUACUUCUUUUUGUUCUUUCUGCUUUUGCAGAAAAUAUUCUCUUCAUUGUUGUUAUAUGUAAAACCAAACAUCCAUAAUUUAUGUAAAUUUUUUCUUCUCUUUAUCUUAUCUUGUUUCUCUUCAUGUUCUUACACAACAUUCUCUUGAAUACACACAUGCAUCAUGGUUUAUGAAACUUCAUUCAUUUUUAUGAAAAAAUAUUAAUAAAUUCUAUAUUAAUAUUUUUCUUCCUUGUUCUAAAGUACCCUGUGAAAAAAUAUCAAAUUUUUGUUGCAAAAAUUAAGACCCCAAAAUAAAAGAUCUUAACUUUUUGCUAUAUUCAGUGUGAGAGAGAAAAAGGGUCAAUGAUAGGUAGUUUCAUUAUUUAAACAAAGUCUAGUAGAGUUGAGAAAAUUGAAGGGGGGUGCAAAAAGAAGAAAAAAAAAAUGUCUAAAAAGGCUAUGAUGACAUCAUCAAUGAAGGAUGAAAAUCAAGAAUUGCAGAAGCAAAUUGGAUGUAUCAGUGGAUUUUUCCAGUUGUUUGAUCGUCAUAGGUUCCUCACAAGCCACAACAAUAGUCACAAUAUACCAAAUCAAGGGGGAACAAGUAAUAACAUCAAAGAGCUGAAUAAUACAACACAAAAAGCAAAGGCAAAGAAUGUGAAAGUAGCAAGAGAGAAUCAACAAUCCUCGACAGAAUCAUCAUCAGGAAUAUCAAUGUCUUCGUCAUCUUGUUCAUCUAGCAUGUCAUCCCUCGAGUUUAACCGAACAAUACAGAUAGAACCACCAUCAGUAAGUCCGAUGAAAGUCACGGAAAACUCCAAAUCAGAAGCAGAAAUGAAGCAACUUGGCAACGAAAGACAUCAGCCGCUUGAUUUCCAUGAUAUUGUAAAAGACUCCAUGCAUGUAGAUUCACAAAGAUUUUUAUCGGUGAAAACUAUGGCUAAAGAGGAAAAGAAGAGUCGAAUCUUGAAACACGUUGAUUCUCCGCGGCCUAUGACUGCUUGGGAUUCACCAAGACUCUCCUAUGAUGGGCGAGAUAUACAAAGCACACUCAAAUCUGCAACGAAGCACAAGGAACUCCCGAGGCUUUCCUUGGACAGCAAGGAAAGGUCCGUCAAAAGUUUCAACGAAGGAGCAAAAAAUCGGAACCUUUUGAAGGGUCCACAGAGAGUGUGUGGAGGCUCGAACACAAUGGUCAAGCAGAUGGAAGAACCAGACACGUCUAAAAGACCAUCAAGUGUUGUGGCAAAGUUGAUGGGACUAGAAGCAUUCCCUGAUUGGAGUGAAGAAACUUGUGAUAUCUGCUACACCGACAAAGACGAGACCUUUGCAGGAUCUAGAAUGAGUGAUGAAUACAAGCAACAGAAAGAUUCGGAAUUCUCAAGGACAAUCAAAGGGACUACCUUGCUUCAAUCUCGGAGGGACGGUUCAAUCACAAAUGUGACACCAUAUUCACAAUUACAGGCUUCCAAGAGUUCAAACCGAUCCCUCUCAGUUUACGGUGAAAUUGAGAAAAGGAUGGCAGAUCUAGAGUUCAAAAAAUCCGGAAAGGAUCUUAGAGCCCUUAAACAGAUUCUUGAAGCAAUGCACAGAUACAAAGAAUCAUUAGAUACUACAAGUGACCAGGCUUCAAAUUCUCCAUAUGACAAUAGGAGUAAUAGUAGUGUCAGUGAAAACUUGAAUGUACAAAGCCCAAGAACACGGCAGAAGAACCCGACAUCUGUCACAGUUGAGAGAUUGAAUUCAACUCAGGGUAGUAAAUCUCCGAUUGUCAUCGUGAAACCGACAAAGGUUGCAAGGAAAACAAAUAAUUCUUCCACAGAAAUGUCAAUUAAUGUUAAACCGUUAGGUAGCAAGGUUUCGCGCAGUGAUCCUACCAACGGAAUGUUGGCUGACAAGCUUGGCAGGCAAACAGCAAAAGGUAGUCCGGCAAUCAAACACGUCAAAGAUCCUAUUAGUCCACCUUUUCGUUCAGUGGACAAAAGCAAUAAGAUGAGAACUUCAAAAUUGAUGCAAUCCUCAAAAGUUCCUCAAGUCAUCAUUGGAGAAAAUAACAGCCCGAGACUACAAAAGAAGUUCGGUUUAGAGAGGCGUUCCCCGCCAAGCAGCCCAUCAUCAGACAUCAGCAGUAACAGAAGACAGCAAAAUAGGCAAUCGAUGGAAUUGUCUUCCCCGAGAACACCAUCUAGACAAAAAAUCUCAACUUUGCAGGAAAUAAAUGAAAAGGACUCGAGCAAGGAAAGCUUUAUGGCUGAAACAAUAGUUACUGCAGAACAACCUAGUCCUGUGUCCGUUCUUGAUGCCGCGUUCUAUAGAGAAGAUCCACCUUCUCCGGUAAAAAGGAAAACAAACAUCUCAAAAGAUUUAGAUGAAGUUCUGAGCACUUAUGAUACUACUAGUGAGGAGGACUCGGAAGACACAAAAGUCAACUUCAACAAUGGAACCAGUGAUAUUGACUUGAUAACUCACAAUUUAGUUCAAAUUCUGCAACAAUUUGAACACAGUGACGAUGAAAGAUUCACGAGUUUCAGUGACCACAAAGAUCCCGACCACAAAUAUAUAUCAGAAAUACUCCUAGCAUCGAGGCUGCUUGCCAGUCCUAGAUCUAGCCAAGCAUUGCAUUCGUCAGGUUACCCGAUUAACCCAAUGUUGUUCCUUGCACUAGAGAAAAUAAAGACAAACAAGAUGCACGGCAACAUUGGUAAUACGAACAAUCAUGACAAAAUGCAAAGAAAGCUCAUCUUUGAUGUCGUUAAUGAAAUGCUAUUUCAAAAGCUAAUAUCGGAGAGUUCUUACAAGCCAUAUCAGCAAAAAGUAACAAAACCAGAAGGACAGCAUCUUUUGGAUAUGCUUUGCACAGAAAUUGAUAAGUUACAACAUAAAAAUAAAAAUGUCAGCGUGGCUAAUGAGGACGAGUAUUUGACAAGUAUCUUGUUAGAAGAUUUGGUACAACACCCGACAAAUACAGAAUGCUACAAUGAGAUACCAAAUGUUGUGUUGGAUAUUGAAAGAUUGAUCUUCAAAGAUUUGAUAACUGAAAUUGUGAGAACUGAGAAGUGAAGUAAGUAGCUAACCAUUCUGGUGAGACUUGCAGGAAACGGCAACUACCGAGUAGGAAUUCUAGCUAAGCAGGUUUUAUCUGCAAUCUUUUUCUAUGUAUACUUAAUAAUACUAUGAAGGGUUAAUAAGCUAAUUAAUUAACAUUCUAAACUUUAUUUAUUCUAUAAAGUCAUGAUGUCUUUGUCUAUCAUUAUAUUUUUUGCAUGUAUUUGUAGUAUAUGUUGAUGAGAUACAUGUAGAGAUGCAGACAAAUGUAUAUAUCAGUGACAAUCUUUUUAAGUACAAUAACAAAUUUCUAAUAUUCAUCAGAACAAGAUACUGCAAAAUAUGAUUCAUUUUCACCAGUUGCUGGACAAGUAGCGGAAGUAGAGUACACAAAACACUACUCUAACGACCAAAGCAGUAGCAACAUAAUGGAUUAACCUGUUGAUGGGGUCUUCCUUGGCUUAAUUGUCAGUGGCACUAAUUGAAUAUUAUCAUGAAUGAGAUCUCUCUUACACUGAUCAAGACACUGUCGCCAAGAAUUACAUGCUAAUUGCACUGUCGUAGUACCAUACAUAACAGAGUUUUUAUGAUGUUUUUUAGACUUUUGUAGAAUAGCCAUUUAAGUUAGAUAUUUACCAGUUGGAAAAAUUCCCUGUCAUGCAUUUUAAUUAAGUUUUGACACUACAUGUUAUGAAAAGUAUGGGUUGAUCAGGGAUGAUCCUCUGACUAUGGCACAUUGGUAUUUUGGUGAUCUUAUAUGGCGAUAUCGAAAA